AUGUCGACAACACUACUACCCAACAACAAUGCCAAUCUAGAUACUAGUAGUAGUAGUAGUAUGGCAAUAGACCAACAAGAUGAAACAACAACAACUACAACAAGCAAUGAUACCGCAAAUACAUGGAAGUCAAUUGGAGAACUACUCAAUAAUGCAUUGUUGAGUCGAUCGAAACCAACUACUCCAACACCACCAACCACCAUCAAUGUCAAUAGCAGCGAUACUAUUGCAACAGAUGUUGACAUUGAAGAUGAAGCUGGAAGUGUAUUCCCUUAUAUUAACGAAAAUUAUAUGGAUAUAUUUGGUAUGUUACCAUCAAAGGAACAUCUAGUAUUGGUUGUUUGUAAUAAAUGCUCAAGAACAGUAAAACAAUCAAGAUUUGCUAAACAUUAUGAAAAUUGUUUAUUGGAUAUUGAAGAUCCAACUAAACAAAAGAGAUCUUCCAUUAUAUCACCACAAGAUGCAAAGAAAAAGGCAAAUGAAUUAAAAUUAAAUGGUACUGGUGGAAAUGGAAAUAAUAAUACUAAUAAUAAUAAUAAUGGUACUGCCGUUGUAAAUGCAGCAAAUGCGUCAGCUGCUAAUACUACGACAACAAACCAACAACAAUCUCACCAUCACCAAGGAAGGGGAAGACCAAAGAAAAAGGUUGAUCCUGUUCCUACUACCACACAAGACAGUGUCGUACCAACUGCAGGAUCAGCUGCUCCUCCCGCCAACACCACUUUGGCUACUACAUCGGCUGCCGCUGCUGCUGCUGCCGCCACGGCCGCCGCUAAUCUUUCAAAGAAAUUCUCUCUAUCUUCACGAAAGAGAACCAAUGAUGGUAAUAAUAAAACACACAAAUCUACAGACGAUGACGAAGAGGAACAAUUGGACGAUCAACAAGUAGCCAAUGGUUCACAAGUCGAUAAGACGACACUGGUAGAUAGCAGUAAUGGUAUCCAUGUAAAUGGAAACGGUUCAGAAGCAGGUGGAGGUGCAGAGCACGCAUCCACAUCCAACAAUAACAAUCCUCCCUCCUCUUCUUCCUCUUCUUCUUCAUCAUCAUCCUCUGCCUCUACUUUGAUCCCGAUUGCGACGAGAAACUAUCUACGUUGCAACAAGCUCAGAAGAAUCAUUAUUAGUCUUGACCCAUUCAAAAACGCAUCGUCGGCAUCCAAUCAUCACCAACCUGUUUUUACAAACGAGGAUGAGUAUUCGCAAAGCAGUGAUGAAGAAGAGGACAUCCUCAUGUCGUCAAACUCGAUUAAUCUACACUACUCGGCGAAUAGUAUUGGACAGAUCCAAAGCAGCAGCAACAACAAACAUAACAACGAAUUACUAGACCCUGCAUCAUCGAUGAAACUCAAUCUUCAUUAUCAUAAUGGUGGUGGGGCCUCUGGUUUAGGCAAUCCCGCACAUAUAUCAAAUACAGCAUCUGCAUCCUCAUCGUCAUUGGGAGGUGGUGCUGCUCCAACCAAUAACAUAGUUGGUGGCGUUUCAUUCAAACCUUCUUCAAGUAUUCCAACACCUGCGUUGUAUAAUCAGACUCUAUCAACAUUGCAUCAACACCAACAACAACAGGCACAACAACAACAACAACAACAACAACAACAACAGCAACAACAACAACAUAUGAAUAAUAUGAAUAUUCAACAACAACACAUUACAUCGCCCAUGGUCAUUAGUAAUAAUAUGACUAUUAUGGGCACUGCCAAUCCACCAACACCAUUACUAUCACCUCAACAACAACAUUCCAUUCAUUCAUCGCCACAAAUCGUACCGGCAACAUCGUCGACAACAGGCACAGCUUCAACAACGCCACUGCUCCAUCCCAAUAUUGCAGCUCGCCAAUCCAUCCCAGCCCAACCAAUUGCCCCUCAAUCGGUGCCAGCCCUUGCCACCUCCAUGACCUCGGCCAUUGCCGAACAACAUCCUCCAACCACCACCAUCAACACUGCACCAUCCACACCAUCUGUGGCAUCCACCUCCAACCCCACCUCACCAUCACUAUCACUCUCCUCUUCAACCACCUCGACCUCUACUACUACCACCACUAGUAAAAAGAAAUCAUCGUCGAGCAAGAAAAAAUCAACCGCCAAGAAAUUAUCAGAACCAGAACCAUCAACCACCGAAUCAUCUGACUCUAUAGACACCACCACGCUCACAACUUCCACAGACUCUACUGCAACAACCACAACAACCAAAACAUCCAAGAAAAAAUCAACAACUACCAAAAAAGAACCGAAAGAAAAACCAACAACAACAAAGAAAUCGACUGCAAAGAAAUCAUCUUCGUCGUCUUCAUUGGCAAAGAGUACUGCGGCCACCACGACGCCAACAAGUACUUUGACAACAGCGGCAUCACCACUUAAUCUUCAUGCACCACCACCCCUUGUACAGCCAAUAUCCUCACAACUUCAACCAGUACAACCAGCGAUCGCGAAUCAAACUCCACAAACUAAUGCAACAACAAUUGUUGUUCCAACUCCCAUUACCACCACAUCCAAUACUGCCGCACCAAACUUGACGCAACCUAAUCCAUUGGGUAUUCAACCACAACAACAACAACAAAAUGCAGCAUUGUUACAACAACAACAAUUGUUCCAGCAACAACAAUUAUUCCAACAACAACAACAAUUACAAAACUUUUACCAACAACAACAACAGCAACAACAGCAACAACAAUUGUACAAUCAACAACAACAACUUUUGAAACAACAACAACAACAACAACAACAAUAUGUAUAUAAUCUUCAACAACAACAACAACAACAACAACAACCUCAACAAAAUGCCAAUGCUGGUAAUUUUGCACAACCAAAUCAAUUUAAUGGUGUACAAUACCAAAAUAUGAUCAAUCCACAACAACAACAAUUAUUUAACUCGGUGUCUCAACAAUUCCAUCUCCAACAACAACAACAACAAUUGGGUAAAGCUCAACAAUCACCACCCCUAUCUACAGCCGCAACCAAUGCUUUACUCCUUCAGCAAAAGCAACAGUUGAAUAACCAAAUGUUUGUCAAUAAUUUCAAUUUACAACAACAACAGCAACAACAACAGCCAAAUAUAGUUGGUGUUAGUAACAUCACUCCAAAUUUAAAUAUGGCUACCUAUCGAUAG